GUGCAACCUUUGGCACCUCGACGUCCCUCCCUCGCCUUCGCUCCGACCGCCAUGAUGCCCCGGUUCUCGCUGAUGCUGGCGCUCGCCCUUGUGGGAGCCGUCCACGCUGACAAGAUGUUCAGCCCGCCCGCUCCUCCCGCCCCAGGAUACUCGUACGGCGCCCCGGACCUCAGGGCCGACGCCUCCACUCUCGACCAGCAGGAGCAGGACCCCAUCGCCGCCCUGGCCGCCAACAUCCCCGGCGGAGGCGUCCCUGGCGAGGACUACCCCAUCCUGGCCUCCGUCCCCGACACCGGCUUCUCCUGCGAGGACCAGGAAUUCCCAGGCUACUAUGCUGACACCGCCCCGGAGGCCGGCUGCCAAGUGUUCCACAUAUGCCAGUUCGACGGCCGCCAGGACUCCUUCCUGUGCCCCAACGGCACCAUCUUCAACCAGCAGUACUUCGUGUGCGACUGGUGGUUCAACGUGGACUGCGCCGCGUCCGAGCAGUUCCGAAGCCUCAACGCUGACAUCGGCAAGAUCCCCGAAGACGCCGCUGCCUCCGUCCGCGAACGACGUCGUGGCACCCAAUCCAGCUAUAUGGCACUCCCGCGGCGCGCCAGGCACCUCCUCCAACUCCCUCUCAGUCGUAUGGAAGACCCAAUAGGUUCUAAAUCAUUCCGUGUCCCCUCUCCGGAUUUCACCGCUUCUCAACACUGGAUGAUGUGCGUUGCACGUCCAUAUUCGUCCCUUUGUAAAUAGCCGCUUAGGAUCAUGAGUGCACUUUGCGCACAUGCUCGUGAGAAAAAAUGCAAGCAUAGUGUAUGGCUUCGUGUUUUUUUACAACGAACUGUUUAUUUAUGAAUAAAAAUUAUCCGAGACAUGA